GUAUGAGUGUUUCUGCUUUCACUGCUGCUCCAGAGACAACAGAAGAGGACCGAAAUAUGCUCUGAACAAGCCGGAAACUGCUUCACUUUUUUUUGACUCGCAACAGAAACAAAACUUGAGAGAAACUGCAAAAAAGAGACAAUAAGACAAGAAAGCAAGAUAGCGAGUCGUGCAGGUGGAACACGUUGCUGACCGGGGAACCACAUCACAGCUUCUCGACUCACCUGAGGCCGAGCAGAAAGACUAAAAUGUCCCUAGAGACAUAUUCAGCGCUGGACGAGUCCUCCCUGCGAGCCCUGCUGGAUGGAACCGUGGACCUGGACGAGAGACGCCUCAUCCGUUCAGCCAUCCGGGAGUUAAGGAGGAGGGAGAUUGAGGACAUGGAGGCUGCCCUGGCCAGCAAGAGGUUUCGACCCACACGCCUCAACCAGCAGGAGGACAAGGAGAACCAGCACAGGUCUGAAUCGAGCAACAACUUGGACAUUCUGUCACAGAAACUACAAUCAAUCCGGGACAUUGACGAGCUCACGAAAAUGCUCCGUGCAGCCAGUGAGUAUGAAGAGAGGAAGAUGAUCCGAGCAACCAUCCGACAAAUCAGAGACGAACAGCAGCAAGGGACUGUGGAUCUGGGUAAAGGUUCCGCUCGCUGCCUGGAACCUGAGAAUGUGGAGCCCCAGAGCAGCAUGGGAACUGAGACCGAGCUGGAGAGUCACAGUGAGCGUAUCAGAUCUCAAAACCAGGAGUUGCGCAGCCAGCAGACACAACAAAGCAGAGAGCUGCAGAGAAUAAGGUCCAACUCAGGCAUGGUGUUGGUACUUGAUCAGCUGGUAAAGGACGAUGGCUCUGGACCGCUGAUGAUCCAGCAUCAGCGCGACGCUGUGACCACAGAGCCUGACCUGGUUCUGUCUCAGCGUCAAAGGUCAGACUCCUCAGCUUCAGACCUCAGCGUGAAAAAAUCCAAUAUGGAUUCUGUGGGCUCAGACAAGAGUCUGGGCUCAGCCUUCAGAGCCCGGCUGGACUCUGGAGCCUCCGACAAGAGCCAGAGUUCCUCCCAGCGUGGUCGGCUGGACUCUGGGGCAUCAGAGCGAAGCACCAGCUCCCAGUCUUACAUGAGACAGAGACUGGGCUCAGAUGUCUCUGAUUCAUGUGUCAGACCUCGUCUCGGCUCUGGGACUUCAGACAGCAUCGGCUUGUUGUCAAGGAAACGGACGGAUUCUAUGACAUCUGACCAGAGUGUGAGUAUGUCCUCUGAGGAGAGGGGUCCAGCAGAGGAGGCGGAAGUUGCCACAAGUGGCUCAACUUACAGCACAGAUUCAGAAAGCGAGAGCAGAAGCCAAGAUCCAGUCAACAUCCAGGCUGAGUCUAACCAGAACCAGACUGCUGACCAGGAGCAGCCUGAUGGGGCUGUUUUAUCUCGAAGAGAACCUGCGAUUGGGCUGCUUAACGGCAACACAAAGGGAAAAACUGACUUCCAGAAACAAAAGAUAACCGUUAACAGCGACCUGUCCAUCACUCAUGGAAAAGUAAAGGAUUCUGCACCUGAGAAGAAAGAUGUUAUACUGGAACAGUUCAGCCGCACCAACUCUGUUCGCGAUCGAAUGCGCAAGUUCACAGAACCCCAGAGCCCGAGUGUUCCACCUUUAAAGAAAACUCCGCUGAGGAACGGGACCAGCGGCGGCCAGACAAAUUUCUCCAGAGCUGCAGAGCUGUUUACGCACACGGCAGCAUCCCUCAGCACAUCUGGAGACAGGCCAGCCAGGCCUCGUGUGGACUCCACAUCUGUCACCUCCGCUGCAUCCCAGAGUCAGGCCACACCUCAGCCGAGAGGUGUGGCCAGCAAACCUCUGUCCUCAGCCAGCCAAUCGCAGAACUCCAUGGGCGGGACGAGGCAUCCAGCUGAAAAAGAUGUGCAUGCCUCCAGUAACUCAAAGGAAGACGGGACCCCAGGGAGAGCAGCUGGAACAAAGGUCACCCAGGGAGAGGCAGACCCGGACAUGAAGACUUUCCUCACCAUUGAGAUCAAGGAUGGGCGCACCACCACGUCCACGGCAUCGGCCCCCAGAGGCAACAUCGUACCCAUCACCACCAUGACGCCGCGCAUCACCACCAAUGCUCUCGGGCAAAGACAAGAGUUGACCCUCGGUCUAAGAGCAACACCCUUCAAGAUCUCCUCAUCCAGUAUCACCUCUGGACCCUCCAUCAAGAUGGAGGCGGAGCCCGUUGUUGCGUCCGAGCCAGUGUUUUCAGCAGGAUCGUCAUGUCAUGUCCCAGCCAUCCCCAACGGCUCCAGCACUCAGGCCAAACCCCUCGACUGCUCCGGCAAACUGACCGCUGAACAGCUGGCUGCGAUCGAGGACGAAGAGCUCCUCGACAAAAUGCUCGAUGAGUCAAAAGACUUUGAGGAGAGGAAGAUGAUCCGCGCAGCCAUGAGAGACCUUCGCAAGAAAAAGAGAGAGGCCAUGCUGGGAUGUACUCAAGAGGAAAUAGACCAGAGAGAAAAGGAGCGCGAGACCCGUCUGCAGGAGCUCCGGCAGCAGAGAGAAGACAGAGCACAGAAAGGUCGCGCUGGGGCCGGAGCUGGAGCCGGAGCCGGAGAGGUGGUGAUGAGGAAGGUGGAGAAGUCAGCAGAUGGCUCGACCCUCAGCCAAGUCACCAAGACAGACCGCUUCACUCAGUCUGACGAUGGGAGCAGAUCAACACGCAGCACUGUUGUUGAGGCCAGUUAUGUGACGAAAACAGACAGAGGCACAGUUCAGUCAAAAUCAUACAGCUACACCUCCUCCUCCUCCUCUAACACAAGCAAAAAAGUGGGCAGUGUGUUUGAUCGUGAGGAUGACACGUCGUCUCGGAGUGGCAGCAGUGGGUUGGCGGCGGUGGAGCGACGGCAGGCUGAGAGACGCAAAGAACUGAUGAGGGCUCAGACGCUGCCAAAGACGUCUGCCAUGCAGGCCCGUAAAGCCAUGAUAGAGAAGCUGGAGAAGGAAGGAGGCGGCCCUGGAAAUCAGGCGGUGGCCAAGGUAAACAAGGUCCAGCGCUCCACCAGCUUUGGUGUACCCAAUGCAAACUCCAUCAAGCAGAUGCUGCUCGACUGGUGUCGUGCCAAGACCCGCUCAUAUGAGCAUGUGGACAUUCAGAACUUUUCAUCCAGCUGGAGCAACGGCAUGGCAUUUUGUGCCCUUGUGCACAAUUUCUUCCCCGAUGCCUUUGACUACAGCUCACUGAGCCCCAGCAACCGCAGGCAAAACUUCGAGGUGGCCUUCAGCGCUGCAGAGACCCACGCCAACUGCAUGCCUUUGCUGGAAGUGGAGGACAUGAUGAUCAUGGGUAAUAAACCCGACUCCAAAUGUGUCUUCACCUACGUACAAUCUCUGGUCAACCACCUGCGCAGAUACGAGAUGUCCAUGGGUCGACCCUGUGACCUCUGACCUGUGUUCAGGUGGCAUCGGUCCUCCUCUCCUCACAAGCUGGGUCAAAUAGUUGCACAUCUCUAAUGGACAAAUUGGGGAUUGUGUGUGUGUGUGUGUGUUUGUUUUUGUCAGUUUGCUUAUUAUCUUUGUUGGCAGUGGUGACGUGUAUCGACUAUUGCAGUUCUGUUCUGGAUACAGAAGAGAACUCCCUCCAGACAGUGAGAGCCAAAGUUUUUUAAAAGACCUUUUAAGGUUUAAAUUUUUACGUCUUUCUUUAUACUCAAACUCCACUUCGUAAUAGGUUAUAUUCAACAAGUAGUUGUGUCGCUUUUCUAGAACACUAAAGAACUGCUUAAAAGAGAAAGGAGUGACAUUUUUAUAGCGUUUCCCCUUUUAAAGUAUUUGUACCUACAGAUUUCUUUUCUGCUCUUUUCAAAUUACUGUAAUUUGCCGGCACUUCUUUUGGCAAUUCCACUGAAAGAGAAAAAUGCACCCAUCCGCAUGAUGCAUUAUUUCAUCUUUAUGUCGGUACUUUGUCAUUUCAAACCAAAUUCUGUUUGCUUGAAGUAUUUUAAUUAAGUUAUUAUUAAUAUUCUCGUGUUGAUGUAAUCAAUUAGCAUAUUACUUUUUAAUCCAUGAGCACAGGGAUGUUUUGUCGUCAUUAUUCAAGUGGAUUUUUUACUGUUGCAGUCAAGUGCUGAGUAAUGUCACUUCUUUUCUAAACUCCACAGAGCUACUGAGAACAUGUUGGAGGUUUUAUGGUCUUCUGUGAUCUUAUCAUCAUAAUACUGUUUGACUGCAAAAACGACUGCAGUUAAACAAGCUUUUUGUGUAAGUACAAAGAAAAAAGGAGUGAGUCUAUCGUACAGCUGAUUUGUAUCAUUAUUUGAUGUUUGCUGACGUCGCCCUGCCAAACACACUCACACACAGCUCUUCUAGAGGACUCCUUAUUUAUGCUUGAGUAGACUUUUUUAAAAAUAUAGAAUUUCUUUUGUUAGUGUGUACAUUAUGCUUUUACAAGUUUUGUUUAAAGUAAGUCGAUAAGCUUAAGCUACCACAAUGUUUUCUGAAACCAAUUGCUUUUUGUUUGAAAGCCGGCUUUCAGUAAUCAUGACUGAUACCUGCUAAUUGUAUAUUUAUCGGCAUGAAGCUAAGAAAAGUUUUAAUGAAGAUUUUUAUUUCUUUGUUCCUUUUGAGAAGAUGUCUAAAAUUCUGAUUUUGAUGAAACGUAUUUCUUAAAGCUCUGUUUCUGGUAGAUUUGAGAAAUUAUUUGAGAUAUUACUCAACUGCUGCCAACUGAAAAACAAAGCCUUCCAUGAAGCAGUGAGUGUUGUACAUAAGAGCUUAAACACGUUAUAAUUUCAUGUUUCUGUGCACCACAGUUAAAUGUGAAUUAACAAUUAAACCAAUUGAAGAACUGAA